ACAAAGGGUCUCUCUAGAGGAAAGCUCUAUAAAAGGGCUGGAGCAUUCCGAAUUACAAAACGUUGACAAGCCUUCAAGACAAGUAACCUCUCUCACAGUACCUGGUUGAUUGAGAAGAUUCGAAAUGCUCCUUCUGCCUUCACUUUCUUUCCUUUCUAUUUCUCUAUUGUCGGUUACGACGUACGCUCACGGGAUCGAUUGCGCCAUGUCUGGAAACCUUACAGCUACCAAUGGCAUUGGCAGCACACCUGCUCAACGCCACUACAUCUCCGCCUCCCAAGCCUCCGCCAUCGUCUCCGCAGCAGAAAAAGCCGCAGCCUCCAUAGUCCCCCAAAACAUCGCCGUCGUCGACCCCUCCGGCCUCCUCGUAGCCUUCCUCCGCAUGGACAACGCAUACCCCGGCAGCAUAGACAUUUCUAUAAAGAAAGCUCGCACUUCUGUGCUCUUCAAUGGGAUACCCAGUGGAGCGUUGCUGAACCAAUCGUAUUCGGGAGGAGGGUUGUAUGGGAUUGAAGAGACUAAUGGGGGCAUUGUUGUUUUUGGAGGUGGGUUGCCGUUGGUCAAGGAUGGGUUUUUGGUUGGGGCUAUUGGGGUUAGUGGGGGCACUGUUGCGCAGGAUGUAGAGGUUGCGCAGGCGGGUGUGGAUUGGUUGACUGGGUCGUGAGGGACUCCGAGUGAUCGAGUUCUUCGAGCUGUUGGGAUGAAAAUGUUAUGAGUACCGAGUUUAUGUAUGUCUGUAGCCACUGUAUCGUUGACCAGCUAUGUCUACUUGUAUGCUGCUUGCUUGAGCCUGC